GUAAAACCCUUGUGUUCUCUCUCUCUCUCUCUCUCUCUCUCUCUCUCAACCCACAGCUAGAAAAACAAAAACAGUAAAUUCUCUAUCGAGCAAAAUGUCAUUUGAUGGCAGUUUCAGCUGCAAAUCCGCACUUGAGAGGUUCCUCGCUCGUUGCCCCAACCUUCAAUCCAAUCCCAGACUUCUAUCCGAGUUCCAGAAGGGCGUUACGUUGACAGAAGAAGAAGUGGUGCAUUUGUUAGCGGAGCCAUUUCUGCACCCAGACUAUACGAUCCCAAUGCUGGGCUGUUUCCGGCCUCUCAGCCAGAAGAUCGUUGAUGGAGCGGUGGCCUUGCUCAGUAUUGUGCCUGAUUUGAAAUCGAACUCAGACGGAAUUGGAGUGGAAAUCAGCAAGGAUGACAUUAAUGUCAUUGAGUUCUAUAUCAGAAGGAAGAGGACAUUGCGGCUUCAUGAACUUGCAUCAUUAGCCUUUUGCCGGGCCCUCGACUUGGCACCCUUGCUAUUUGGGUCCGUAUUGAGUUAUUUCAGUUUCGCUCCACCUCCUUUCCAGCGCCUUUUGGUGACAGAUUCAGCAUCACAGCUUUCAGAAAAGGAUCUCGCUUAUCUAUUGGAUGCCAUUCGAGUAUCCUAUCGUAUUCUUCUAAUGGAGCCCAAAGUCUUUUCUGAACUUUGGGACUGGUCUUGUUUCUUGGACCUAGUGCAGCAGUGUGCAAAUGUUGAGCAACACGACGAUUUGGAGUUCAUAAAAAAUAUUCAGGACAUAAGAUGGUGUGGGAUACAGAUAUUGUCUAUUAUACUGCGAAUGAGUGACAGGGCCACUGAGAAUUUUGGUCUUGGAGCAGAAAAAGCUCUUUUAUGCUUCCUCCGUUGGGAGGAGUACUGUCAGGAUGUGUCAUUAGAAAAGGCUGGAUGGUAUCUUGAAGCAACUGAACUGGACAAAGAAGAGUUUCUUGAUGGAACAAUCAAUUUCAGACAGGACGACUGUCUCCAGUCUUUUAUUGAUAGGUCUUCUGUUAUUUCCCCAUUGGAUUCCAAUGAGAAUGAGUCAGUAAGGAAGAAUCGCCGGAAGGCCACAUGUGAUGUAAAAUCUGUGGAGAGCCCCUUCUUCCUGACAUCAGCUAUGAAGAAGAGCUUUGAGAUGGUGUUGUUGGCAGUGAGUCAAAAAUGGCCCAUUCUUCUUCAUGGUCCUACAGGUUCUGGGAAGACGGCUCUGAUCAACAAGUUAGCGCAAGUUAGUGGAAAUCAAGUUCUGUUUCUUCACAUGGAUGAACUCACGGAUAGCAAAACGCUGAUUGGGAGUUACACGUGCACGGAACGACCUGGUGAAUUCCGUUGGCAGCCGGGUUCUCUUACCCAGGCUCUCAUGAACGGAUUUUGGGUUGUCUUUGAAGACAUAGACAAAGCACCAUCUGAAGUACAAUCCAUCUUAUUACCUUUGUUGGAAGGUGCAAGUUCUUAUGUAACUAGUCGUGGGGAGGCAAUAAGCGUGCCCGAGGGCUUCCGGUUAUUUGCUACCGUUUCAACUUCAAAGCAUGAUUUCUGUCAUACUGCAGAAGGCAGGAUUUCCCUUGGUGUUCUAUGGAGAAAAGUGAUGGUUGGGAACCCUAGUCCUAAGGACUUGAUACAUAUAAUAAACGCAUGGUAUCCAAGUUUGGGGCCCCUUGCUGAGAAUCUAGUAGGUACCUUUGAAAAAGUUAACUCUUUUGCUUCUUUCCAGCUGGGAGGAUUUCAGGGUCACGGGUCUGCUUCAGUUAGUGUGUUUAGCAGGUUCACAUUGAGGGAUCUUCUGAAAUGGUGCAAGAGAAUUGCAGGUUUAGGGUUUAGCUUUUCUGGGAUUGCUUUGUCAGCUUCUGAGUGUAGAAGCAUUUAUCAAGAGGCUGUUGACAUUUUUGCAGCUUCCUCAGCUUCUUCUAUCAGCAGAUUGUCUAUAAUGAAAGAAAUUGCGAAGAUGUUGUGUGUUCCAACAUCAGAAGCAGAAACAUUAUACCCUCCAAAUAAGCCUACAAUACAGAACUUGCUGUCAGAGUUUCUAGUUGGACGAAUUACCCUCCCCUGCACUUCAGCAUCGCAGCUCCGUCCACAAAAGCGAGUUUUCGUAGAUAUACGUAGUUCACUGUACAUUCUUGAGAGGAUAGCAUGCUCCGUCAAGUAUAAUGAACCUGUACUGUUGGUUGGUGAAACUGGUACUGGAAAGACUACAUUUGUACAGAAUCUAGCUAGCAGGCUUGGACAGCCACUUACCGUUUUGAAUAUGAGCCAGCAAAGUGAUGUUGCUGAUCUGUUAGGUGGAUAUAAGCCUACUGAUGCACGGAUGAUUUGCUUCCCUCUUCAUAAAGAGUUCAAGGACCUGUUCUGCAAGACUUUUUCUAGCAAGGACAAUGAUGAGUUUCUUCGUCGUCUUGAAACUUAUGCAAUGAAAAAGAAUUGGAAGAAGCUGUUACUUGCAUUUCAAAAAAGUGUUGAUGUUGUCCGGAAACAAGCCUGUGAACCAGGAGGAUUUGGUGCAAAGCGAAAGAGACCUCUCGGUGAAGAAGUUAUCCAGGGCUGGGAGUCUUUCUAUGUGAGACUUGAUGCGGCCCGUAAUCAGAUUGGUGACUCUGCUUGCAUGUCGUUUGCUUUUGUUGAAGGUGCUUUCGUAACUGCACUAAGAAAUGGUCAAUGGAUUUUGCUUGAUGAAGUGAACUUGGCUCCCCCAGAGACAUUGCAGAGAAUUGUUGGUGUCCUAGAAGGAGAUAGAGGUACACUCUGCUUGGCUGAAAGAGGUGAUGUUGAUUAUAUAGCUCGUCAUCCUCGUUUUCGUAUAUUUGCAUGCAUGAAUCCUGCAACAGAUGCUGGAAAGCGGGAUUUGCCAUAUUCCUUGAGGAGCAGAUUUACUGAAUACUUUGUUGAUGAUGUAUUGGAUAAAGAAGAGUUGAUUCUCUUUAUUGGUCGAUUUGUGGAGGGUGUAAAUAGAGAUACAUUGGAAAGAAUUGUAGACUUCUAUUUAAAAGCCAAGAAGGAAUCUGAGGAGAAGCUGCAGGAUGGGGCUAAUCAGAAGCCUCAGUUCAGUUUAAGGUCUCUUGCUCGUGCACUAGAAUAUACCAUGAAGGCAAGACAUAAAUUUGGAUUUCAAAGAGCCCUUUAUGAUGGCUUCUGUAUGUUUUUUCUUACUUCAUUGGAUCGUCCCAGUGCCAAAUGCAUGAAUGAUACGAUAUUAAGACAUUUGUUAGGAGGAAAUAUGCCUCCUGAGAUUUCCUUUGAUGGGUAUUUUACGGUGAAAGAAAAAUCUGAGGAUGUCCCCGAAUGUGAUUCUUUCUUAGAGAAUUAUGUUCUGACAAAAAGCAUCAAAGAACAUCUGAGAAACCUUGCACGUGCAGUUUUUAUCAAAAGGUAUCCUGUUCUUUUACAGGGUCCGACAUCUAGUGGGAAAACUAGCCUGGUUCAGUAUCUUGCUGCAAUCACUGGCCAUGAAUUUGUUCGUAUCAAUAAUCAUGAACACACUGAUCUGCAGGAAUAUUUAGGUUCUUACAUCACUGAUUCUUUUGGGAAACUUGUAUUUCAUGAAGGUGUAUUGGUUAAGGCUGUUCGCAAUGGAUACUGGAUAGUUUUGGAUGAGCUUAAUCUGGCACCGUCAGAUGUGUUAGAAGCCUUAAAUCGAUUAUUAGAUGACAACAGAGAACUUUUUCUGCCAGAACUUCAGGAAACACUGACUGCACACCCAGAUUUUAUGCUUUUCGCCACUCAGAAUCCACCUUCACUCUAUGGUGGGCGCAAAAUGCUUUCUCGAGCUUUCCGCAACCGCUUUUUGGAGAUCCAUGUUGAUGAGAUUCCAGAAGAUGAAUUAAGUACAAUUUUGGAGCAGAGAUGUAAAAUCCCCAAAAGCUAUGCUAUGAAAAUGGUUGAUGUUAUGAAAGAUUUGCAAUUGCAUAGGCAGAGCAGCAAAGUUUUUGCUGGAAAACAUGGUUUCAUAACCCCGCGAGAUUUAUUCCGUUGGGCUGACCGUUUCCGUGUCUUUGGGAAUUCAUAUGAAGAUUUGGCAAAGGAUGGCUAUUUUCUACUGGCUGAAAGGUUGAGAGAUGAAAGUGAGAAGAAUGUUGUUCAAGAAGUAUUGGAGAAACGUCUCCGUGUUAAGCUUAACACUGAAGAUUUGUACAAACAGGAAUCAAUGGAGACAGAUGCUGUAGACUUGCAUAAGCAUUCACGGGAUUUGGAAUCUCUAGGAAAUAUUGUCUGGACUAGAAGCAUCUGUAGGCUAUAUUAUCUUGUUGAGCGUUGCUACAAGUUGCGUGAGCCUGUUCUUCUUGUUGGUGAAACUGGUGGCGGGAAGACCACCAUUUGUCAGUUGCUGAGUAUUGUAAUGCAUUCAAGAUUGCACAUUUUAAAUUGCCACAUGUACACAGAGACAUCAGAUUUUAUUGGGGGGUUCUAUCCAGUACGAGAUAGAUCAAGAUUAGCUAUGGAAUUCAAAUAUCAUGUUGAGAAGCUGAUGAAUUCAGGGGUUUUCCUCCACUUUUCACGGGAAACUACUAUAUCUUCCGACAUUGAGAAUGCUUCUUCAGCACUGGAAGAGCUAAAUACAAUUAUAAAUAGUUACAGACAAGUUUCAACCUCGCAUCCUGAUGUCUCUCGGGAAGACAUUGAUGCUUUUGAGCAAGUCUUAAUAGACCUAAUGCAAUUGCAUCGGCGGUGGCAGACCCUAUUUCUAUGGCAGGAUGGGCCUCUUAUACAAGCGAUGAAGGAUGGGGAUCUGUUUCUUGUGGAUGAGAUUUCAUUGGCUGAUGAUAGCGUACUUGAAAGAUUAAAUAGCGUGUUAGAGCCACAGAGAAAAUUGUCUUUAGCAGAGAAAGGAGGCUCUGUUUUGGAGAAAAUAACGGCACAUCCCAAUUUUUUCCUUCUUGCAACAAUGAAUCCUGGUGGUGAUUAUGGGAAGAAGGAGCUAUCUCCAGCACUUCGGAAUCGAUUUACUGAGAUAUGGGUUCCUUCUGUAACUGACCUAAAUGAACUAAGAAGUAUAGCUGCAGAGAGGUUUGUCAAAUAUGAACUCUCAUGCAUUGCGGAUCACAUGCUAAAGUUCUGGCAGUGGUUCAAUCAAUUACAAGCAGGGAGAAUGCUUACUGUGAGAGACCUUUUGUCUUGGGUUGCUUUUAUUAAUUCUACUGAGAGAAGUCUUGGAUCUGAAUCUGCCUUUAUACAUGGGGCUUUCCUUGUUUUACUUGAUGGCCUAAGUUUAGGAACUGGUAUUUCUAAACAUGAUGCGAAAAGAUUGAGACAGAGAAGCCUUUCCUUUCUUUUGGAACUACUGCAGGAGAAGGGCACUUUUAAUUUUGUUGACUCACAAUUGUCUGACAUGGAAAAUUAUGGCUGGGGUGAUAUUGGAAACACUGAAAAUUCGUUCUUCAUUGAUAAUGGUCAAUCUGACCAUCUUUUUGGUAUCAAUCCGUUCUAUAUUGCUAAAGGUUAUAAGGAGUGUAAGCAUGAAGGAUUCGAGUUCUUUGCACCAACUACAUGUAGAAAUGCCUUGCGGGUACUGCGAGCAUUGCAACUUUCAAAGCCUGUCUUAUUGGAAGGUAGUCCUGGUGUUGGGAAAACAAGUUUAGUUCUUGCACUUGGCAAUUUCUCUGGGAACACUGUUGUCCGGAUAAACCUUUCUGAGCAGACUGACAUCAUGGAUCUUUUGGGAUCAGACUUGCCGGUUGAGGGUGACAAAGGGAUGAAAUUUGCUUGGUCCGAUGGAAUUCUUCUGCAGGCUCUAAAGAAUGGUAGCUGGGUUCUAUUGGAUGAACUUAAUCUUGCUCCACAAUCUGUCUUGGAGGGUUUGAAUGCUAUUUUAGACCAUCGUGCUGAGGUUUAUGUUCCAGAAUUGGGGCUUACUUUCAAGUGUCCGCCAUCAUUCAGAGUUUUUGCCUGUCAGAAUCCUUCAUGUCAGGGUGGUGGAAGAAAGGGCCUCCCAAAGUCCUUUCUCAAUCGUUUCACUAAGGUUUAUGUCGACGAAUUAGUUGAGGAUGAUCACCUUUUCAUUUGCAGUUCACUCUAUCCAUCAAUUCCAAGAUCAUUACUUUCCAAGUUGAUUUGCUUUAACAGCCGGAUUCAUGAGGAUACCAUGUUAUUUCGCAAAUUUGGUCUAGAUGGCUCGCCGUGGGAGUUCAAUCUUCGGGAUGUUAUUCGGUCAUGUCAAAUCAUGGAACGUGCACCUGAGAAAUCAAAAGUUGAUUGUUUUCUAAGCAUUGUAUAUCUUCAAAGAAUGCGUACACUGGCAGAUCGCAAGGAAGUCCUGAAACUUUAUGAGGAGGUUUUUGGGGUGAAAUCAUUUAUAAAUAACUAUCCACGAGUGCAGAUCAAUCCAAAAUAUUUGGUUGUGGGGAGUGCAUUUGUUGAAAGAAAUCAUUUUCAGCCAAGUAAAAUCUUCAAAAGCCAGCUCAUUGUAUUCCCAGGGAUCAGUCACAGCUUAGAAGCUGCUCUGCAAUGUGUACAACAUCAGUGGUUGUGCAUCUUGGUUGGCCCAUCAUCAUCUGGGAAAACCUCGCUGAUUAGAUUACUUGCUCAACUCACAGGCAAUGCAUUGACUGAGCUAAAUCUUUCAUCUGGAACCGAUAUUUCUGAGUUGCUUGGUUGCUUUGAGCAAUACAGUACCUUCCGCAAUUGUCAUGCGAUCAUAGCCCAGGUCCAGUGCUACAUUGAUGAGUAUUGCAGUUUGCGCUUAGAAUCUUCACCGGAGGCACUAAUUUCUGAACGGAAGGAUUUAAUUGCCAAAUGGCUGGCUUUCAUGUCGAGUACGAAUCAUACUUCUUAUUCAGGUUUUGAUUCCAAGUUUGCUGAGCAUUGGAAGAGUGAGUCUGGCUAUUUUCUGGGUCCAUUGGUUGAGAUAAUUGAAAUGCUGAAGCUUGACUUGGAGAAGUACCACUUACCUGUAUCUUGGUCAGAAAAAGAUCUGAAUAAAUGCCUGAAGAAGAUCUUAGAGCUACAGGAAAAUAACAGAAUGCAAUCAUUUUCACCAAAGUUUGAAUGGGUCAGUGGAGGAUUAAUUAAGGCUAUUGAGCGUGGUGAAUGGAUUGUUCUGGAGAAUGCAAAUCUUUGCAACCCAACUGUUCUUGAUAGGAUCAACUCUUUAGUGGAACCAAGUGGAGCAAUCACUGUUAACGAGUGUGGGCUUGUGGAUGGCAAACCAGUGGUGCUUCAUGCCCAUCCAAAAUUCCGAAUGUUUCUCACUGUUAACCCGAGGGAUGGUGAAAUCUCUAGAGCAAUGCGGAAUAGAGGAGUUGAAAUAUAUAUGAUGGAACCAUAUUCAUUACUAGAUAGUGCUAGUUGCUUUGAUUGCACAGAGGUGGAGGCAAGAGAUCUGAAGAGAUUCUUAGUUCUAUCUGGUAUCCCUGUAUAUGGGUUGGUUGAUGCGAUGGCCCAAGCACAUAUGUAUGCUAGAGAUGCAGGAUCGCAUCUUGGAAUAUGUAUUAGCCUUCUUGAGCUCACUCGCUGGGUUCACUUAUUCCAGCAGCUUCUCAUGAAUGGUAAUAUGCCUAGAUGGAGCCUCCACCUAAGUUGGGAGCAUACGUACCUCUCUUCGUUAGGUGAGUUGGUAGGAAGGGAUAUUGUUAAGCAUGUGAAACUUUCCUAUUUAUCAGGGAUUGAGUUGCCUAACUCAGAUAUACAGUCAGGAUGUUCCUUAUCUCGACCAGGGGGAUGGCCUGCUCCAAUGAAGUUAAGGAACUUCCUGUCAUACUCGAAGGAAUCUUGUAUCAAACAAAAUUGCAUGUAUUUGGAGUUCUUGGGGGCACAGUGUGCUGCAUACAAACUAAAUAUUUUAGUCAACAAAAGUCUGUUGGUACCUGUAGGUUCUGUAAUUUCUGAUGGUCACUCUGGGGCUUUCUUGAAUGAUUGCAUGAAACUCCAGCCGUCAGUAAUUCCUGUGCAGAUUAUACGCCAGACUCUGUUUCCGAAUGCUUUUAAAGAGCAUGGUAUCAAUAACAUGGGUCUUGCCAAGUUUGAUUUGGAGCUGACCAAUAGGAUGCUUUUCUUUGCCGCCAACUGGACCAUUGAACAGGCCACUGAAAGUAACCUCAUGUCACAUGCUCUCUGGUUUAAAUGGUAUAGUUCUCAUUUGCAGCCAUACUGCUGCUUUUUCAAUUCGUUUCUGGCUAUACUUGAAAAAGAAAGAAAUCAUCCAAUUUGGAGUUGUAUAGUGCAUUGCUGGAGAGAGAUUACUGCUCAUCUUCAAAUUAAUGUUGAUGCACAACCUCUACCUCUGCUUUCAUUGGAGUUGGUUGAAUUGGCUGCUUCAAAUGAUGCAUUGGAAACAUCGCGAAAGCAUCUAUUCAAUGCUAUCCACUCUGUGAGCUUGCUACGGCUUAGUUUUCAGCAGUGGAAUACUGAAGAUGAGUAUUCCGACAGUAAAACAAUAGUCCAUUCCUGGGCCUUGCCUUUCUUGAAAGCUCUGAGACAGUUGGAAGAAGAGGUUCUUAAUGCAAUUGUGGAGUCCCCUUGCUUUGAUUUACUUGUUCAGUUGUACACUGAUCUUCUUGAACGACAUACAUCCUUUUGGAAGGGUGUUACCUCAGCCCAGUUUGACUGCUUGCUCAUAUCUUGGCGUUCUCUGAAGAAGGAUGUAAUAAAAUUGCGGAGUAUCUUUCCAGUUACAGUUGACGCUUUUCUGGUGGAGAGUAGGAAUCUGGAUGCAGUUUCAUCCCAGAACUUCAAUUCACCGAAGUCCAUGUUGUGGGCUUAUGGUGGUCAUCCAUUUUUGCCAUCUUCAGCUGAUGUAUAUUCCAAAAUGCAGCAGCUUUUAGGAUUCUGUGAUUCAAUUUGGCCCACAACAUUGAAAUCAUGGAAGCAGUUUUGGUCUGGGAACGAUUGCCUAGUAAAGGCUGUUGCAUCUGCUAAUACAGAACUGCGACGCCUAGCAGUGGAAGGUGUUUGCAUGUCAUCAUAUAUUUCAAUAAGGGGUGGUCAAGAGGAUGCCGAUAUUGUUUGUCAGUUAGAAGAGAUACAUCAGAUGCUUGUAGAAAGGUUUGAAUAUGAAAGACAACAUCUGGAAGGUGCCUCAGAAAAGACAGAUGAAAAUUCAGCAUCCUUUUGUUGUGCUUUCUGCCCUGAGUUGUUGUGUAGAAAGGCAGGUUUUGAUAGUUGGCUGGAGACUCUUCCUUUACUUGACAACAAGAGCUUUUCCCUAGACAUGGAUUUGCUUCAAGAAUUAUCAGAGAGCGUUUUGGUUGAUACGAAAGAUCUUUGUCUGGUUUUAUCCAAUAAAUAUGAGCAUUUGAAAUAUUCCUUAAGGUUCUCACUGGAUUUCUCAUCAAGACCACCCACAGACUUUUUACCUCAUCAAAAGAUCCUGUGGACAUUAGAUGCAUGGACUUCAGUGGAUUCGGUGAGUACAAAAGUUGCAAGUUCUGUUCUUGAAAUGUGGUAUAAAUGGCAUUCUUCCUUGUGGACGUACUGCCCGAAAUCACUCAAGAGCAUUUCUCUAGUUCAUCAUGAUGAAAUACGACCACCCUGUAUUCUUUUCCAGCCAACAAAAACGACAACGCUUCACCAGAUUCUUCAGGAUACAUUCCCUAUCAAAGAUUAUUAUGUCCACUGUCUGAAGCUUAGAGUUGCUUCCGGAAAACUUUGGCAAGAUGCUCCAUCAAGGAGAAAUUUAUCCAGUACCCUUUUCUCUGCAGCUCAUUCUCUUUUCCAGCAGAUUAUAUAUGCUCAUAAAAAAUCUUUUGAGGAGAAUAUUUUUGGAGAAAUGAAGUCCAUUUUUUGUUCCAUUCGGGAGAAUUCCAUUGAGGAAGAAACGCUCCAGACUUUGAAGUCACUUAUCAAAUCAUCAAGCCAUGCCGGAUUGUAUUCCUCAGUCGAAUCCUUCGUUGAACCUUUGCUCAGGGAACUUUACUUCAGGGUCCCAUCUUAUGAUGUCCUUUCUAGUCUUGGCAAGGCAUGGUUGUACAUUGGUGGCUUGCGUUUCCAUCUUUUGCUGAACCCGGACGAUCCUGAUCCUGCCAUGAAGUAUGCAUUCAAGUAUUCCCAAUUACUUGAAAAGAUUUCUCUGCUUGAGCUUGAAAUAAAGGUGAGACAAGAAUGUGACCACCUAGCAGGCAGGAACUAUGCAAGAGACAACCUACAACAGAGAAAGUGCUCAUUAGAAAAGCUUGAAAUGGAGCGAAAAAGAUUGAAAAAAAAGGUUGUGUUCCGUCCUGACCAUGAUAAUUUUAACAAAUUAAAAUCAGAAUGUGCUGAUUUCCUGAAGUGGGCAAUAAAACUUGAAUUGGGAGACAUGAAUCUGAUGACUGAUCAAGUUUGCAACUGGCAGGAAACGUCCACCUGUUUUAUUAAUCGAUUAGCAGAAGAGUAUACUCCAUAUAUUGAUAUAGUUCAACCAAUCCAAGUAGCAGUAUACGAAAUGAAACUGGGAUUAUCAUUAAUUAUGUCAGGUGCUGCACAGAAAGCAUAUCUAAAUAAAGCUAAGGAAGACAAUAUUGACCGGAUUCUGGAAACAUUGUAUUCUUUCAUGCAAUUUCCUAGAGGAUGUGUGGUAGAAGCUCCUUCUAUUGAACCAAACUCCUUGCAGCCUAUAUUUCCAACUCCUGAUCUGGAUGCUUCUGAGAACAUAUUGGGAAUGGACAUGAAUUUGCUGAAGAAAUUGCUGUCUAUUCUAAGAGAUAUUGGUCCUGAUAAAUCGGUCUCAAUCCUUCAACUUCAUGCCACUCUUUACCAUAUUAUUCUUGUCCGUGUAGCACAUUGUGUAUGUGAAUCACUGCUGCUGGAUAAUAGUUCCUUCUUGCUUUUGAACAAGAUAUUUGACCAGUUUGCUAGCCUAUGGAUAAAUACGAAAAUUCAAAUAAAAGCAAAAGAUGAUGAUGAAGCUCAAUUAUACAAGUUCAGGCCUCGCACAUUCAGGGUAGAGGACAUUCUGGAAGUUGAUGUAUCAGCACUCAGAGAGUUGGCUCCGGAUGAAAGUUUGUCUUCAGAGUGGCAGGAAAUGCUGGUGGAACAAGAAUUUUCUGAAGUGAAUGUUCCUGCAAAUGAACGUGAGAAUCUGGAGGAAGAAUGGAACCUCAUUCAAGAAUCUGUCCUGAAGAGCAUGGUCGAUGUCCACACACUACUGUUUCGUUCAAACAAUCCUGUUGAACGUGUUACUAGUGAGGACAAGUUGCAUUCCUUUGUGGAUUCCUAUAAAUUCGGAGCUAUGAUGAUGAAAGACAUGGAAGCUCUAUCAUUGUCUACCUUGGAUGCAAAUCUUACGCCAGAGCACUUGCUUUAUGUAUGCUUGGAGUAUAAACAAAAAUUCACUCCAUUCCAACAGUCAUCACAUGUCUACAAUUUCUAUAAGGAUUCAAAUGCUCCUGAGUUGUCUAAAGUGAUAAAGCCACUUACUACCCUUCAGGAGAAGGCUAAAUCCUUUCUGAAUGAGUGGCCAGACCAUCCUGGCCUCCAAAAAAUUUUAGAUGUAGCGCAAAUGCUCUUGGGUCUUCCAGUGGAUACUCCCUUGGCUAAGGCUCUCUUGGGGUUGCAAUUUUUACUCAGUAGAGCCCAGGCAUUACAUGAAAAUGAUUCAAGGUUCUCUUUUUCCGAUCAAUUGCAGCCAAUUUUUGAUGUGGUUUCUUCAUGGCAAAAUCUUGAGUUGGAGAGUUGGCCCGCGUUGCUUGAUGGGGUUCUGGAGCAGUAUGAAUUUAAUGCUGGAAAGCUCUGGUUUCCCCUCCAUUUAGUUCUUCAUCGUCAACCUUCUGGUAACAUUGUUCAUGAUAAUCUAUCUACCAUUCAAAGCUUAGAGGAGUUUGUUCAAACAGCCAGUGUAGGAGAAUUCAAGAAACGCCUCGAACUUCUUGUUGCUUUUCAUGGACAGCUCAAUACCAGUAUCUGCUUGAAAGCAAAUUCAAGCAUGCACUUGUUGGAAAAUUUGAAGAUUCUUUACAAUGUUUUCGGAUAUUACAUACAAUUCUUGCCUUUAAUUUCAGAGCACAUAACUGCUAGCAGACAAAGUGUAGAAAAGGAUUUGAAAGAUGUCUUGAAGCUUAGCCAGUGGGAGCUUCACCGUUGCAACUUGUCAAUUGAGUCCUCCAAAAGGACUCGUCAGAAGCUUCGAAAGCUUAUACAGAAAUUCAAUGACAUGUUACAACAACCAGUAAUGAUUCUUCUCAACCAAGAGAUGCAAAAGAUUAUCAAAGUUCCAACCUUGCUUGUAACAAAGCUCUCUGAUGAUAUUCAUGACAUGAAUGUGGAGCUGUUGCCAAACGCAAAUGGUCUACCACAGUUCAGUGAUGCAGAAAGGUCUGUAUGGUAUGAUGACUGGAGAAAGAAAAUUGAUUCUGCUUUGCAAAACCCAUGCUUUGGAAGGACAUCCGAAUUUGAUUUCCCAUUUGCGUGCAUUUUUAGGGAUCACAAAGAGAUGGUAAAUAUCAUCAGGCAAUUGCUUUCUUCUGCAUGUGCACGCCAAAUGUAUCAGGAUGGAUGGGUUUUACUUGAAAAUAUUUGCAGGAUUGCAACAGAAUGUGCUCAUCUAUGGAAGCCUGAAAUUAAGAAUCUUAAAAAGAGGAGGGCCCUAGCUGACCUUCUCAAGGUCUUAGAAAGAUGUGGGUUGCAUAAAUCUUUGAUUUCGGAGGGAGAGUUCAAUUCCAGCUCAAGUGGCUGGUUUCUUCAACCUGCAUAUGAUGUGCAGCAUUUACUGCUACCACAAAAUGCCGUUGCUACUCGUUCUAGCCAUUUAUGUGAGCUUACAAAUGAGAAGUGUGAUUCAAACUGGGAAAUAGCAAAUCAGUACUACUACAAAAGCAUGGCAAUGGUGCAGCAGCUACGUCAGAUUCAUCUAAAUUUCCACAAAGAUUUGGGUCUAGAACAAGCCAACCGAUCAGCUUCUUUCCUCAACCAUCUGAUUGUAAUACUGCGGGAUCAGCGUUUUGUUGCUUAUGGCUUUGCUGAGCAGCUGAAGAAAUUGAGGAAACAUGCGUAUUCAUUAAAAGAAUUAGACCAAGGCAGUGAUAGAAAGUGUUCUGUCACCCCCAACCAGCAUGCCACUCAUAAAUGUAUGUGGCUACAAAAGCAACUAUUUGACAGCUUGUGCUCCUUGUCAAAGGACACAUCUUUGCUGCUGAAGACAGUUGAAAAUACUCAUUUAAAUACUUGCAACAGUGUGAAGGCUGAAGUCAACAAAAUUAUUGUUUUCCUUGACAAGUUCAUUUCAAGAUUUCAGAAAUCUAAGGAUUUACUAGAUCAGCACCUUCUUGGUAGUACUGGAGUUAUUACCACACCUGUUGCAUGCAUGCCUCUCUUUGUUGUUUCAGAACAAAUGGAGCAAUUAGUAAUACAAAACUUCAAAGUUAUUAAUGAUUUUGAGGAGGAUCUCCAAACUUUCUGCUUGAAAGCUUAUAACGAAAGAUCUGCAGAAGAGCCUCUGCUGGGUCAUUUUAGAGGCAUCAUUGAGAGGGGGAAGGUGAUAAUGGAAGGAUUUCAUUCUGAACUGGAGCAUGCAAAGCAAUCUGGCAGCCUUUGUGAAGAGGGAGCUUCCUCUGCAGAGAACUUUGGUAAACUUGAUGUUUCAUUUUCUGAACCAUAUGAGGAAACUAUAAAACAGAUUGUGGACGCAUUUAAAAAGCUUGGCUUGUUGAAUAAAUCAAUUACUCCUGAUGAGGAUCCAUUGAGUGUGAAGAUAACGUCGUGGAAAGUUGUUUUCGAGUCACACAUAAAAGCUCUACAUUUGGACCUUAUAUAUGAUGCACUUAGUAGAACAGUCAUUGCUGCGGGCAAACUGGUAAACAAUGGAGGGCAUAAACAACCAAAAUUAUGCUCACAAGUGCAAACAUACUUAAUGCAUCUUGAUGCGCUGCUGGACACGGUCUUAACAUUUGGGGAUGGUCUCAUGUUUGAGCUUUUAGCCAUACACAAGACGGUAGCAGAAAUGACUUACAUGCUUGCAUGUAUGUUCACCUCCAUAUUUUCCAAAGGGUAUGGUACUGCAGAGGGCAAAGUAGAUGAUGCCAGUGGUAAUAUGCCUCAAGAUGCAACUGGAACAGGCAUGGGAGAGGGUGAAGGAGUGAAUGACGUAAGUGAUCAGAUCGAUGAUGAAGAUCAGCUUCUUGGGACUUCUGAGAAGAGUGAAGGACUAGAUACCUCUGAUGAAGCCCCUGGUAAGGAUGGCAAAGGCAUAGAGAUGGAACAGGAUUUUGCGGCAGAUACAUUUAGUGUCAGUGAGGACUCGGGAGAUGAUGACAGUGAAGAAGAUGACGAGGAUUUGAACCUUGACUCUGUGAUGGGAGAAUCCUCAAAUGGUAAAGAAAUAGUUGAUGAAAAGCUUUGGGAUAAGGAGGAAGAUGGGAAUCCUGAUAACACCUCAGAAAAGUAUGAAUCUGGUCCAUCUGUUGAAGAAAAGGAUUCUAGCUCUAGGGAACUUAGAGCCAAAGAGGAUAAUGCCACUGCUCCCAAUGAAUCUGGAGAUUUGAACAACGAGGAGUCGAACAGGCAAAGUGACGGUGAUGAGAACCCUGAUGUUGGCAAUGAUGAUGAAAAACCCAGCGACAUGAAGAUGGACAAAGAAUUGGCGUUUGAGGAUCCUUCAGGAAUACAGCUGAAUGAGAAGGAUCAAGAUUUUGAAGAAAAUAUGAACAUGGAUGAACCUGAAGGUUCUGAUAACAUGGAAGAAGCAGAAUCAGAACCUGAUGGAACUGCUGAGGAUAGAGGUGAUGAAGAUGGCAAGACAAACCCCACAGAUGAUAUCGUGGAUGAACAAUGUUCUGGACAAUCAGAUGGGGAUGUUGUGAAUGAUGAGGCAGUCAAGGAGCAAGCUGAGAAUACCGAUAUCAACUUGGUGGAAAAUGAGUUGAUUGAACCAGGAAAGUCAGACCCCACUGAUGAUCCCAUAUUAAGUGGUGAUUCUACGCAGCCAAUCAAUGAUGCGAGCGCAGCAGAUGCGAGCAUGGCACCAGAGAGACACUGGUCUAACAGUAGCGACCCGAGAAAUGGCCUUGCUCCUUCGAAAGGCUUAUCUAAUGAUGUUCCUGAGAUGGAAAUAACUGUGCCCAACUCAAGUAAGGGUGGUAAGUUGACAGUUGAUGGACCAAAGGCUCAGUCUCCAUGUGAUGAUACCUUGUCAGUGCAAAGAAACCAUUCAAAUCCUUUUCGGAGUAUAGGGGAUGCCCUGGAGGAAUGGAAAGAAAGAAUCAAAAUAACUGCUGAUUCACAGGAGCAUGACAUGCAGGCUUCUGAUGAUAUGGAAGAUGAGAAUGCAGACGAGUAUCAGUUUGUUUCUGAGUUAGAGAAGGGCACUUCUCAAGCGCUGGGACCUGCAACUUCUGAUCAGAUUGAUCGGAAUAUCAAGGGUGACAAGCCCAAUGUAGAUGAAGAUAACAAAGAACAGAGAGAAUAUCUCGAUGAAAUGGCGGUUGAAAAGGAAGAUUCCGAACUAUGCCAUUCUAGCAAAGCCAGUGCUUCUACACAAAGACAGAAAAUGAACGAGCAAGUGCAAGAAAGAGCACUCACUGAUGACGCACCUGUGGAGGAAGUGGAGGUUGACAAUCAUCCUUCUAACCAGUCUGGGAAUUUGGUCUUGAUAAAAAACUACGUGGACGAAAAGAUACUGCAGCUGAGUAACCUCACAAUGAAUGACCAGGAGUUUGGGAGAAUAAAGAACAUUGAAGAUGUAUCUGCUGAUAUGGAAGAUUGGGCUACUGCACUUUGGAGACGAUAUGAACUGACAACGACAAGGCUGUCUCAGGAGUUGGCUGAGCAGUUGCGUUUGGUUAUGGAACCUACUCAAGCAAGCAAACUCCAAGGGGACUAUAGAACUGGCAAGCGGAUAAACAUGAAAAAGGUUAUCCCAUACAUAGCAAGCCAUUACCGGAAAGACAAGAUAUGGCUGAGACGGACCAGACCUAAUAAACGGGCCUAUCAAGUCGUCGUUGCUGUUGAUGACUCCCGCAGUAUGUCUGAAAGCCGUUGUGGUGAUGUUGCUGUCGAAGCUUUGGUUACGGUAUGCCGUGCCAUGUCACAACUGGAAGUGGGGCAGCUAGCAGCUGUGAGCUUUGGCGCACAGGGAAAUGUGAGACUACUUCAUGACUUUGAUCAGCCAUUUACUGGUGAAGCUGGUAUCAAGAUGAUCUCAAGCUUGACAUUCAAGCAAGACAAUACAAUAGCAGACGAGCCAAUGGUUAAUCUGUUAAAGGAAUUGAACAAAAUGCUGGAUACAGCCGUGGCAAAUGCUCGCCUUCCAACCGGACAAAACCCACUCCAGCAACUCGUUUUGAUCAUAGCCGAUGGUCGAUUCCAUGAAAAGGAGAACUUGAAGCGCUGUGUGAGGGAUGUUUUGACCAGGAAGCGAAUGGUUGCUUUUCUACUCCUCGACAGCCCUCAAGAAUCUAUCAUGGACCUUAUGGAAGCAUCAUUUCAGGGUGAAACCCUUACAUUUUCCAAGUAUUUAAAUUCAUUUCCCUUCCCAUACUACAUCGUAUUGAAGAACAUAGAAGCACUUCCAAGGACACUGUCUGAUUUACUGAGACAGUGGUUUGAGCUUAUGCAGAAUACAGGGGAGUAAAUACAUAACUAUUGCAGUUGCUGGAAUCAAAUACCUGUAGAAAUGAAGACAUCUAAACCCAGCAUUAAUGGUUGAAGUGCAUUCCUUUUCAAAGUGAAAUUCAAGUCACGAUCAUUUGAUGGUUCUUCCACCAGAAAAAGAAAAAUACCGUCAUCAUCCCAAACAUAUACAUGUAUAUAGAUUGAAGACAAACCACAAUAGUGAGGAAAAAAGAAGUGAGAAAUGAAAUAUAAGAACUACAGAGAUCUAACCAUGGUAGGGAGUUUGCCACUGUGGCAUGUAAUUGUUUAUUAUUGAUUUGCUACAUGCUGCUGGGAUGUGAUGUUAUUGUUCACAACAAUGUCUUCAGUUUGUUUAAGGCCCCCAAAAAAGGGCUUCUUUUCUGUGCUGCUCUCAUUUCUUUAGGACAUGUUUGGAUAUGUGGAAUCCAAGGGGAGAAAAGUAAAAUAACGAUUAUCAAAUGAUGAUUUCCAUAAGAACUAUUGAAACAUGCAUUCCAGUUUUUGA